CUUAAAGUUGUUGCAAGCAGUGCCAAGCACACUCACGCCUAGACCCUAGUAACGAAUCAUUCCAGGUUCCUUCCGUUUCUCUUAAUUGUACCCCUCCACUUUCCGGUCCAAUUGCGAAUCGUCCGGGGUUCGUGGACCUCGUGGUUUCCAGUUGCAGCCUUCAUCGCGAUUGCCAACCUCUUUGCGUAAUACAUAAGAACAUCGCCUCUCCCUCUUCUUUUCAUUUCUUUGUUUUAUUUUCACACAACUCCUUUUCAACCUACAAAACAACUCAUUAAUACGACUCUAUUCUCACUUCAUUGAGAUACAAUAAAAACACAAUAAAUACACACUACCUCAUCUCCAUCCCCCUUUUACAAUACUAUAUACUCAUUACCAUCUACAAACGCAACGAUGGCUAAGAAGGCUGUUCACUUCGGAUCCGGCAACAUUGGCCGGGGCUUCGUUGCCUGCUUCUUGCAUGAAUCCGGCUACGAGGUCAUCUUCGCCGACGUUGUAGACAAGCUCGUCGACUCAUUAAACUCUACUCCCGUUUACCAUGUCAUUGAACGUGGCGUCGAAGGCACGGUCACGAAGACGAUAACCAACUACCGUGCCAUCAACUCUAAAUACAACGAGGCCGAACUAGUCGAUGAGAUUGCAUCUGCUGAUGUCGUCACCUGCUCCGUUGGCCCCAACAUUCUCAAGUUCAUCGCCCCAGUCAUCGCGAAGGGUAUUGACAAGCGUUCGAAUGACGCCAAGCCUCUGGCUAUCAUUGCCUGCGAGAACAUGAUCGGUGCCACAGAUACCCUGGCCGGCUAUAUCAAGGAUCCCAAGAACACUCCCGAACAUCGCCUUGAGGACCACCACGAGCGUGCUGCAUAUGCCAAUUCUGCCAUUGACCGAAUCGUUCCCGCACAAGACCCCAACGCCGGCUUGGAUGUCACCUUGGAGAAGUUCUACGAGUGGGUUGUGGAGGCGACACCCUUUCGACCUAGCGAAAACACGGCCGAUAAUGUUGAGAGGCCGUCAAUUGAUGGCAUAAAGUGGGUGGACAACCUACUCCCCUUUAUCGAGCGCAAGCUUUUUACCGUCAACACUUCGCACGCCACUGCCGCAUACUUCGGAUACAACAGACAGAAGCAGACUGUCGACGAUGCUAUGCGUGACAAGGACAUCAAGAACCAGGUCUCGGCUGCUAUCGGCGAGACGGCCAAGCUUAUUGUCGAGAAGCACGGCAUCUCGACAGAAGAGCAAGAUGCAUACAAGAAGAAGAUCAUUGACCGAAUCAGCAACCCUCACUUGGCAGAUGCUGUCGAGCGUGUCGGCCGCGCUCCUCUGAGGAAGCUUGGGCGCAAGGAGCGCUUCAUCGGACCCGCUGCCGAGCUGGCCGAAAUGGGCCACGAUACACCUGCCUUAUUAGCCGCUGCAGAGAUGGCUUUCCGCUUCCAAAAUGUGGAAGGUGAUGAUGAAAGCAAGGAGCUCGCUAAAAUCAUGGCCGAGAACAGUGCUGAAGAUGUAGUGGCUAAGGUGUGUGGCCUACAGAAAUCAGAGAAGCUGUAUCCCAAGGUGGUCGAGAUUGUGCAGAAGGUCCAGGCAGACAGCCAGGACUAAGCGGGUUGAUUGUUUAUAUACCACUAUGCGACUGCUUUUAUUUCUCGGCCUGCAUUUCAGAUGAUUUUACAGCAUGGGAGCAUUCGGCAGGCACAGGGAAAUGGCAGGGAAUAGAGGCGUUUCAUGUAUGAUACGGGUCAGAACUGAAGGCAACAAGAACGCUUUACGAUAGCCACAUGAGAUCAAUGCCACUGGAAGAUAAAGAGGCUACCAUACGCGUUGCGUUCUUAGAAGAGAUUAGGUAACUAUCUGCUGAAAUCAAGCCUAGAAGAUGCCUCGAUAAGAUAUAUUUUCAAUUAACUGAAAGAAUAUCAAUUUAUUAUUAUUUAAGAA